AUUUAAAUUUAGCUUAGGCGAAACUUCUGCCCCCGAUUUUAUGAAAGCUAAGGUAUAUAAUGCAACAUAAAGCCAGACGUCACUUCAUGUUUAAGUACAUCGUCUAGGAUAAACAUGUGCUAAAUCUGGGAGUAUAGUGCUGAAAAAGUAGCUAGAUCUAGCUUUCUCAAAGAAAAAAAAGACUCAAGAAAUAAAAUAGAGUCACUCGUUUUAGAAAUAGAAGAAAAUAGUGUCGAAAUAAAAACAACGAAGCAAGAUGUCAUUUAAAGUCAUAGUUUUCUCCUGUUUAAUGCUGUCCACUGCAGCAGCCGUCUGCUACAAUGCAGCGACAAGCAACGGCGUCAGAAAUCUCCAAGACAACGAGUACGCCUGCAAAGCUUUGGAAGCCGGCGAGUCGUCUGCUGAACUUGGAAGAAAUGUCUGGCGCUGUGUGUCCGGCAUGUUGACCAAUGUAACUUGCAACAGUCUGAGGUGGGACAAUCAAAACAAAAUCUGCAACUGGCCACAAGCAUUCAACUGUGAUCCCGACCAAGCAUUCUCUCAAGUCCCAACUAAGCCAGUUUCAGACGCCAGCACCACCAGCACUACGACACCAGCGCCAAUAGCCAAGUGUUCGCCCAGUAACUGCGAUAUUCCCAACUGUUUCUGCUACGGAAGUAGGCCUAAUAUCACACUGGAGGAGACGCCUCAGUUUGUCUUGUUGACCUUUGAUGACGCUGUCACCAUCAGUGUCUACUCCAGCGUCUACCGGAAGUUGCUGAUCGACAACUAUUGGAACUUGUAUAACCCCAACAACUGUUCCAUUAAGUCCACUUUCUUCAUAACCCACAAUUACACUGACUAUUCAUUGGUCCAGACGCUCUAUGAUUAUGGCCACGAGAUAGCUGACCACACUGUAAACCACGUCAGCAAUACAGACCUCUAUAGUGAGGUGUACUCCGAGAUUGUGGGUCUCCGUGACCUGAUCGUCAACAAGACGAAGAUUAAACCAAACGACAUCAAAGGCUUCCGGUCUCCCUACCUGAAGAUCAUGGGCGACACCCAGUACGAUGUGCUUAGAAGUAACCAGUUCCUCUAUGACUCCACGAUCACUAAUAUCGAGCUACAGGUCGGUAGACGCCCACUCUGGCCAUUCACACUGGACUACCCCAUUGAUGACAACGGGUGUCCGAAUCGCCCAUGCCCAGCCCGCCAACAUCCUGGACUCUGGGAGAUCCCCAUGAACAGCUGGGUAGGCAGCAACGGCUUCAGCUGUGGUAUGAUCGACGGAUGCACCGUCAAAGGGAACGACUUCACUGGCACGGUGGAUGAUUUCGUAGCAUAUUAUAGGAAUAACUUCAACAAGUUUUACGCUCAGCGUGUCCCAAUGCACCUGUUCUCCCACGCCUCAAUGUUCUUGAAGUAUGAAACCGCUUUGGAAGCCCUAGGUAUAUUCCUACAAGAAAUCUUGGCCCUGGGAGAUGUCUGGCUAGUGACACCUUCCAAACUCAUUUUCUGGAUGCAAAAUCCAAUCAGCUACAAUUGGCUCAAAUAUACAAAUUAUUCAUGCAUAGCGGAAGAAGAGUAAUGAACAAGUGAGAUUUAGAUUCAAUAGACUUCACAUUGCACAAAUAAUGUACAAUAAAUCUUUCUUUUAACUUAA